AUGUCGACGGCGUUUCUCGUGGACAGCCUACUGCAUGCACAGCGCGCCCAGAGCUACAGUGAUAGCCAGCUAAAGUCGAGCCUCAGCGAGAUGCUCCUGAGCCGUGGCCAGAGCGAACCAGCGCCGGAGGAGUGCAAGUGCAACUGUGCCAAACGUGGCUAUAAAUGUGAUAAGUGCCGUGAGAUUCGCGAGAUUCGUGCGGAAAGUGUUGACAGCAUCGAGGAAAUGGAAAUGGACGACGAUGAGGACGAAGAGGACGAGGAUGAGAUUGUCGCUGACAUCGAUAGCGUUGAGGCGCCGCACCUGGACGAGGAGGAGCUGCUGGACGAUGAGCUGGAGCUGCAGCCACAACGUGAGGCAAUCAAAUUGCCCAAAGUGGAGCCCAAGGAGGCCAACAACAGCUCCAACAGUGGCACCACCACCAUCCUCAAGGAUAACAACAGCAAGCCCAUACUCAAGUUCAGCGUAUCCGCCAUCCUGGGCGAUACACGCGAAGGAGUGCGCGUCAGAAACGAGUUUAUGCAACCGCAGCAUAUAUGGCCUUAUCUACAGCAAAACUUUAUGCAACAUCACACACAUCAAUAUCACCAGCAUCAUCAUCACGCGCAGCAGCAGCAGCAGCAACAACAGCAGCAACAGUCGCUGGCGCCAACGCAUCAUCACCAUCAGCAGCACCAUCAGCAACACCAUCAGGCAUUGGUGGGGCAGGCGCCACUGGCCUUGUCACACCCGCUGCAUCAUCAUGCCCAUGCCCACUUUCCGCAUCCCGCAUUUCUAACGCAUCAGCAGCAGCAGCAGCAACAGCAGCAACAUCACCACGGCAAUAGUUGUCAACCGCAAACCACAGCAACGACGGCCGCAUCCUCGUCGUCACCUGGCAGCACAAUUAGUGAUAGCGACAACAAUCACAGCAACAGCAACAGCAAUUCCAAUAACAACAUUGUCCUGGAUGGUGGUCGACCGCAUGAAAUCGGCACUGCGAACAGCAACGACACCAACGAGGACAACAGCAAUCGAAGAUUAACGCAAGAAAAGCUGCAGCAACAGCAGCAGCAACAACAACAGCAACAGCAGCAACAACUGUUGAGUGGACAAGCAACAGGAGGAGCACCAACGGCACAUCCGACACCACCGCCAGCGCCCAUGCAUCCGGUGAUUGCCAAGCCCAUGCCCAGCAGGCCGACCCCCUUUCUGCCCCACACACUUAACCAUCCGCAUUUGCAUUCGCUGCUGGCGCACUGCCGGAAUCCCUACAUGAGUGUUGGUGCCCAAGUGUUUCCCCUGCCGCCGGGUCAGGGCUUCCCCUGGGCGCAUUCGACACGUGGCAAGCCACGCAGAGGCAUGAUGCGGCGUGCCGUCUUCUCAGAUUCACAGCGCAAGGGUCUGGAGAAGCGCUUCCAGCAGCAGAAAUAUAUCAGCAAGCCAGAUCGCAAGAAACUGGCCGAGAGAUUGGGCCUAAAAGACUCUCAGGUAAAAAUUUGGUUUCAAAAUCGCCGCAUGAAAUGGCGUAACUCGAAGGAGCGCGAGCUGCUGGCCAAUGGCGGCUCACGCGACCAGACGCUGCCCAACAAGAACAAUCCCAAUCCGGAUUUGUCCGAUGCCAAAUGCGAUCGCCCGCUCACGCCGCUGUCGCCGUCGCUGCUCUCGCCCAGCGGCAGCGCCACGCCACCGCCGACGGCGGCCACAGCUGCUGCCAAGGAUGAGCCUGGCGCAGCAGCAGCCGCAGCAGCAGCGGCAGCGGCAGCGGCCGCUGUCACACCCAAAUCACCGCAAUCUGCCAGCAGCAGCUCACCAGUGGAGGGUGCACCGACGCCGACGUCCAUCAACCACCCAACGGGCGGCGGCAACGGUUUCGGCAUGCAAAUCAGCUCGCCGCCGCCGCUGCUCACCAGCAUCAAGAUGGGCGAUCAAUCGGGCACGCCCACACCAACGCCGACGGUCUCCUCGGCCGCGUCUUCGCCGCCAGGCAUUGGCAGCGCCGCUGAGUUUCAGGCGAAGAUCAAUGCGGAGAUGCAAAAGCAGCUGGUGGCAGCCGAUCUCAAGUUUAAGCUGGAGAGCAGCAUCCAGGAGGCCAAGCAGCGGCGCUUCGAGCAGCUGCAGCAGCUGCAUCACUCGCCCCACUUCACGGCCAUGCGCGAGGUGGAGCUGGCCGCCGCGGCAGCUGCUGCGCAACUGCAUCAUCAUCACCAGCAGCAGCAGCAACAGCAGCAGCAAGUGACGCCCAGUGGCACGCCCACAUCCGCCGCCCACUUCCAGGGUGCGGAGUUCAUGAAGCUGUACUAUGAGGACUACGACGACUCGAACUCGGACAGUGAUGAGGAAAUAAGCGUAACGUGAUCGCCAGGACAUGCUGCAAGGGAAAAGGAUAUUGUAAAUAUAUGUUUAGCAUUUUUAAUUGUACAUUUUGCGUAACUAUCAUU